AUGCCUAAUUAUCAAUUAUUAUGUAUUUUUAAAAAUUUGCCCAAACCUGAACUUAUGAUGGGCAUAAAAGCAGCAGCAACAUGCAUUUUAGAUCAUAAUGGUGUUAUAAAAUCAUUUGAAAAUCUUGGUUUACGUCGUCUUCCCAUUCGUCUGAUUGGUAAUGAUGCACAAAUUUAUCGUGAAGGACAUUAUAUUUUCAUCAAUUUUAUAUCGGGUACAACAAAAACUUAUGAAAUGAUGGCUGCACUUAAACGUGAAGGUGAUAUAUUACGACGAGUUAUUUCAAAUGAUGAUAAAGUUAAUGAAAAACAUGAAUGUCAUUGUGAUAAAUAUGGAUAUUUCGUUACGGAUAUUGUCGAUUAUACAAAACCAUUAACUUUACCAAAUAGUAAAGAUAAUAGCAAACUAUCGGGUGUGUUAUUAAAUGUAUUUACACCUGAAGAAUGCCAACAAUGGAUUCAAAUGACAGAAGAAUGUGGUUAUUGUCCAGUUUUACUUAAUCUUGGUAAGCAACAAGUUCUAAUGAUUGACAGUGUGACUAUGACACAAAUAAUAUUCGAACGAAUUAAAGUAUGUUUACCAAAUGUAUUCAAAAACCAUCAAUUAACUGGAUUUAUUCAACGUCUUCAUUUUCUUCGUUAUGAUCCAGGACAGAAAUUUGAAAAACAUUUCAGAAUGGUACUUGUAUUUGAACACGAUUUACUUUAUGAAGGUUCACCAUUGAGACAAGGUCGGAAAUAUACAGUUCGUACUGAUGUUAUGUAUAAAUCUCUUAUGUCGAAGACAUUUUCUAAUCAAGAUUCAUGA